GCAGAUUCGGCAUUAUGACAUUAUGACUGGUUAGAUUGCCUGCCAAUCAAACUCCUGGCAAAGGGUCAUUUGGGUCAGAAUCAUGAAUAACCUCUGUAUUAUUUUUAUUGCAGAGACUCACAUCAAUUAGGUAAUGGGAGCGAGCGUGUCUUCAACAGACAAAAAUAUCGUCCUUCUUGGGAAAACUGGACAUGGAAAAAGCAGUGCUGGAAAUACAAUCCUCAGAAAAAACAGUUUCACACCUGACGCUUCACCUAAUUCCAUAACAGUUACAUCUGUAAGAGGAGAGAGAAAUGUUUAUGGGCAAAAGAUCACCGUUAUCGACACACCUGGAGUCUUUGACACAGAUCGUGAUGAUGAGACCAUCAAAUCUGAGAUCAUUAGGUCCAUUAUUAAUUGCACUGCAGGUAUUGAUGCCUUUGUCAUUGUUCUAAAAGUUAAAAGGUACACAAGACAAGAAAUGGAGAUUGUGGAUAGAAUUGUUGAAUAUUGGGGAGAGGAUACUUUUAGACAUGCAGUGGUUUUAUUCACUCAUGGUGAAGAACUAGAGGGUCAAACCAUCGAAGAAUUUAUCCAGAGAAAUCCAAACCUGCAGGAGCUUGUUAAUAGAUGUGGAGGUCGCUGUCAUGUCAUUGACAAUAAAUACUGGAGAAAAUGUCUCCAUUGCCCCUGUAGUUGUGGGUACAAAAGCAACUGGGUUCAGGUGAAAAAUCUGCUGGAUACCAUAAACAGGAUGGUGCAAAGGAACGGCCGUCGCUACACCAAUGAGUUGCUUCAAAGUGUGGAGAGGAUGAUUCAAGUGGAGAUGAUGAAUACAAAUGAAGACAAUGUGUCUCCAAACCAGCAGCGAGAAAGAGCGGAAAGGACUGUUCAUGAUAAUCUUCUGAUGAAAUUUGCAGGUGCAUCAGCAGGGGCUCUAACUGGUGCUUUUUUAAUGGGCAUUGGCUUUUGUGUUGCAAUAGUGGGGACCUGCCUUACAGAAGUAACAAGAGCAGCAGGGUCAGGUAUUGCAGCAGCUACGCUAAAUGCAGGGGUCACAGGAGGAACUGCAGCAGGUGCAGGGGUUAGUACAUAUGCUGCCGGUGUUACUCUUUCAGUUGCAACUCUUUCAGGAUUCAUUGCAGGAGGAGCUACAGGAUGGGAUGCAGCAACAGAAGCUGAUUCAGUGUCUGAUGCAAUAUUGAUGGGAGCAGCAGCCACCUAUGAGAACGGAAUAGUUGUAGUUGAGAGGGCACAAGAAUAUAUGUCCCUUAUAUUUAACCCCCGUAACAUAGCCUACUGAACAUUAUUGUGAGGUGAAAAAGCAUAAUGUAUCCUUAGUAUCUAGGGCCCUUUGGGCAUGAGUGAUUUAGCGAAUCCUAGUGGCCAGGAAAUGAACUGAGUGGACUUUUUUCAAAAUUAUUCCUGUAAUAGAUAAUCUCAUCCAGUGGUUUGUGUUAGUGUUUCAAAAUGAGGAGUGUGUUUGGUUUAUUUACUCCAGUGUAAAAACAUGUUUAAGCUUAAUGUCAAAUCAUUUAUCUUACACUGUCAACAAGCUGUCACGAUCGAUAGUGUGAGUGCCCUAUCUGCCACUUGAGGGCACUCCAUCCUGGACUCUUUCACCCAUUGACUACACUACCCAUAACGCACUGCCGGACUCAUUAUCCCAUUAUCACUUCAUUACCACCAGCUGUCAUGUAUCAUUUAAUCAGUGUCUGUCUAUUUAUACCCUGUCUGUUUCUGUUCACUUCCUGGAGUUUUCAGUUCACUUUCCCAGUCUGUGUUGUUUCCUGUUCCCGUGUUUUGUUUUUGUUAUUUUUUUAUGGACUGAUACCUGGUUUUUGACUCAUGCUUGUUGUGGACUACGAUUUUGGAUUUCCCUAAUAAAUUACCUGCAAUUGGAUCUGUCUCUCGUCUUCGUGUGUGAGUCC